AUGCCAGCAACAUCUCGCUCUGCGGUGAACCAUCUGGUGAUAGACAAUGGCACGGCCCCUGAUAUGCCCAUAACGCCAGGGUAUAGUGAAGUCUUCGACAUCGACAUGGACUGGGAAGACAUCGAAGAGGAUCAACGCGUGGAUCGCGAGAUCUCUCAUGAAGGCGGUGAGUACGGUGAUGUUACUUGGGCGGCGAUGGAGCAUGUUCUGCAGCAGUCUCACAGGCGGUAUCAACAUUCGGACGUCCAGACAUGGCGAGAACGGCUCAAGGCGAUCCAUCGGAAUUGGGACGAGCAGAUGUCGCAUUUGGUAACUGCCUACCUGCAGUGGAAGCACACCCCAUCUUCAAUCCCGGACAAUGACAACGUGAAUCUGGAGGGUCACAUCUUCGAGGUAGUCGCACUCAGAACACACUCACGAGAAAAUGCUCUGCGCGUCAUGCAGCAGCCAGAUGAGCUCGCGAACGUCACACUUAUCUGCCAUGGCUUGCUCGGAUGUUCCCCGGUGUUUCCCUCUGUGGCGAUAAGCCUGGAUACACUGGAGCUCUACCAUAGAUUGCAUCGUCGACACCCACAGCUUGGUGUCCAGGCCAUGACAAGGGCCUUGUGCGACAUCCAUGAUGUAAAUUACACACACACAGCACGAGAACACCUGUCGGCCACAUUCGACGUGUAUUUGAACAUCCUGCGGCGAACGGAGCAGAUUGUGAGGGCAGCGCUGGGUCAUCACACUGAACAUUGGCGCAUUUGCAACACCUGUCAUUGCUGUAAUCUGAAGCUUGACGGUGAGCCGACCCUGUUUCCAGCGCAUCUCCUGGCGAUGGAUGGCAACAACUCCGCCAAACGUGUGGCGAAUGCCGGUACAGCGGAUGAUCGCAACUUCACUAGCAAUUACUUCCUCUCGCGCGGGCAAGUCGACCACUUCAAGGACGAGGUCAAGCAGCGGAAAAUGAAGGCUAAACCCGUGUCAGAGCAAAAUGAAGACAACAUCGAGGAGGAUGCACCAUGGAUCACGGAGGACGCUCCCGGGGAGGCUACCGAUGGACAAGAAAGACCAACACCAUGCACAGAAAGGUGGAAGGCGAGUGCCACAGAACAUGAGAAAUGCGCGCUCGAUAUCUACGAUAUCACCGGCAUCUUUGUCAGUGCCUGCUGGCACAGUCUGAUUCAAAAAGCCUGUGAGAUGGUUCGUAGCGGUGAACUUGCGAAGUACCCCCUAGCUAUUCUCAGCCACAGCCUAGAUGUCCAUGGGGACAACUGUGCCUUCGGAUACGACAUCGCGUGUGCAUUUCAAGAAACCGCGCACAAUAGUCCAUUGGUCGGUCCCAGGGUGCGCGAACUCAAGACUUGCUUCGGUGUCUGUGCAUUCCACGGGUACGUGCACAAUCGCCUCUGCCAGCUCUCAAGCCAUCCCCUCUAUCUCAAGGGGUUUGGCAUCGAAGAUUUGGAAACGAUGGAGCGGGUAUUCUCAAGCUCUAACAGUACCGCUCCGGUAAUCAGAUAUGCGACACCGUUCCACUGGAUGCAAGCCCUCGACCUGCACUUCACUCAAUGGGAUGAAGACAAGUACAUGGAGCUGAGCCGAUUUCUGUACAAUAAUUAUCGACAAUGUCUUACAAUAGUCCGCGACUACACACCUGAAGUACAGCAACUCAAGGAAGAGCUUCAUAUUACAGAUGCGGACAUCGAGGGCUGGAUUGAUGCCGAGCGCACUUUCCUAGAUAACCUGAAGGACGAGCCGAAUGAACGUGUACUAGAAUGUGCAUACGUUCAGGCCCUCAUCAACCGUGAACGAGCUGACGCCAAGUCUGCAAGUGUUCGUAUGGACUUCAUCGCGACUCCCGCUGAUCGUGCGAUCAACUACGCGCAAGAUGCUCGUUACACACUUCGCCUUGAGACCGCUAGACGCACUGCGAUGCACGAGCUUACAGUUGCCAUAGCUGCCGUCAGAGAUCUGGAAAUGAAACUGGGCAUCGACGAGCCAUGGACAGCAGAACAUCCCAAAUAUCAAGAGACCCUGUCUUAUGUUCACCAUCGGCAAUUCCAUCGUGCGCUCGAUAAGGUUCAACAGCUUGUCAUGCAGCGUCUUCUUGAGCUCUCGAAAGCUAAUAUGGCUGGUAUGGGUUAUAAACUUCAAACUUCCAUAGGUCGGGCAAUCAAGACUCGCGCUCAGGCUAUUCGCACGGCGCUCAAGACAUAUAACUCCCUUGCUCCGCAGAUGAACCCGCCGGCACCCAUACUCGAGUGGAAGGACAUAGUUAACUAUGCCUUCAUCUCGGAAUUCGAUAUUCUGCGGCAUGCUUAUUCUCACCAAGACAUCAUCUCUGUGCCGUGGACUAAUCCUCGCAACCGCGAGAUCACUUCGAAAUACUUCAAGAUCUUGCGAGCGCAGGAGGAGAUUGUGCGUUGCAAUGUCAAGCUCAAACGUUUGCGAACAGGAAUUGAGGUCGAGCGUAGGGAGUACGAUGCAGCAAUUGCUAGACUCCGUGCUACAGAUCCAUUGAUGACAGCUGAGCUACAGGAGCGGCAGCGCACUCGAGCACGGAUGAACCGAGUGCAUACAGCGCGUCUGCGUGCCAUCCAGGACUUGACCGGUUUCUCGGGGUGUCUCGAGAUGGGUGUUCCAGUCGAACGUGGUCGAGCAUUGCUGGUCCAGCCUCCAGCCUCAGACUCAUCAGCUCCUGCACGUGACAAUCACAGCAAUGCCGGUGUUGACCUAGUGGAUGGUUUGUUGGAUGCAGACAACACGGAACUGGUGGAUGCGGACCAUAUCAAUGACAUGGUGCGUCUAGCUGAUUUUGUAGAGGAGCUCGGUGUCGAGGGUGUUUGUAGGUCUGCUGGUGUGCUCUCAACGAUAGACUUUUAA